UAUGUUUUUAACUUCUUCAGCAAAGGAUUUUUACUUCGUGUAGUGUGCAUCACAUUUGAUAGGCUUUUGUAGUUCAGAGAUUUUUUUCAAUAUCAUAAUUAAAGAAUUUAUUCUUUUUAUAAAGGCUAUUAAAGCUCGUUGCUGAUAGCCUUUUUCUUUUUGAAGUAUUAAUUUUGAAGCAUAGCAUAUGUUAAAAAGAUCAAAACUUACAAUGAUAUAACAUAUAAUCGGGAGCAGAGAAGAUUGAACAAGAUUUAAUGCUUUCUACGGUUAUGGCUGCUGUUCAUUGAUUUUAAGUGUUCUUAGGCCUAAAUUUUAAGACAAAGAAAGCCAUUUAAUCAGCUGCACAAUUCUGAAAUGCUGUGUAAAUAGAUAGUUUUUACAUUUUCUUAGGUUAUAACAGCAGUUAUGCCUGCAACAGUCCUUGGCUUUUUAAUUAAAACAAGGCUUUCUAAUUAAAACACACUAAAAGUUGUAUUCCAAUAAUGUUCUUUUAUAAUUUGAAAAUUUUCUGAAGUACUGAUGAUAUUGAUUAGCUAUCCCUUGGCUGUUUCUAAACCAAAUAUUUAUAAACUUUAAAAUAUGAGAAAGUGAUUCAGUUCUGGAACUCUCUUUUAAAGUUAUUUGUUCAAGAUUCUGUUUCUUGUAAAUCACCAACAAAAUCACAAAAAAUUACUGUUACCUUUAAUAAUAUUAGAGUCAUUGAAGAACUCAAAGCUUGAAUCGUUUUUUAAAUUCUUGUACCUAAGGAUAAUUUGUUCGCUUGAAUAUUGUCCUGCAUAGAUUCUAUUGUCAUUUUCUGAUUAGCAAGUUUUUUGGAAUGAAAACACCACAUUAAGUAAAUACUAGAACACACAAUAUCCUGCUGAAUAGAAUGUGCAUGAUCCUGCUGGAAAAUCUGCUCUUUUAAUUAAGGCUGCAAGAUAUUGGGGAAUAGUCACACUAAUUGCCUUGUCUGUCUACAGUGUUAAUCACCUUGUCUGUCUGCAGUGUAAACAGCCUCUGAUCAAUUAUUCAGGUUUUUAAAGUGAAAAGCCAAACAGUUGUACUUUCUUGUUGAAGGCCUUUCAAUAUAUGUCUUAGCAUCAAAAUAAUGACUCUCCCUCUAAUCUGUCUUUCGUAAUAUUUUUGCAUAUUGUUUCUUUUGCACUUUUUGAUGGUGUGGGACUCCUGAAAUACAUGGAUACUGCAGGUCACCUUUUAAUGUGUGUUCAUCUUGAAGAGCACACUAAUUUUCUGUAUUAUGGUCUUGUUUGAUCAGCUGCUGCUGCCAUCUUAAGGUUGUGUGGCUGAAAUGACCCAAGAAAUCAUGAUUACAGGAUGUCUGUGAAGAAACAACUUUGAUUUUUGUUACUGUCAAAGCAAUCUGUUUCUGGUUUUGUCCAACUACAAGAACAGCUGCAUUGCCUGUGACUGUGCUGGAAAUAAUAAUUGGUCAGACAUAACAUCUCCAAAACGGUUUAUGUGCAGGUUCAUUUGAUUCAAAGUAUCUUUUCCUAGCCUGAGAUCAAGUUCGGUUUUUACAAGCUACAAAAAUUCUUCAAUACCGUAUAUCGUAGAUCAGACACCGAACUGAAAUAGUCACGUUGGGAGAAGACGCUUAUUUCAAGAAGACUGUGAAUAACAAUUCAGCAAGAAGGCUUACGAUCAGGCACGUGAAAACUAGUUUUCACUGCAAAUGGAAACAAUGAUAAUCAAAUCCAGAAAUUGGUUGAUUCUCGCUAGUGUUGGCCAUUACUAGUUGUUUCUACGUACUCGUUCUUCUUUGAUGUCAGUCGAUUUUGAAAGUCUGUCUCGUAUGUAUCAUGAAGAAAGGGGGAAACUAGCUAAGAUGAUUGGAUGACUUUAUUUAUGGUCCUCUUGAAAGCAUAAAUAUUCUUUUUCUUGAUUGUGGAAAAUAUUAAGUUAACUUUGAUAUAUAAAAUGAAGCUGUUAUUAACAUGUCAAUAAAAAAACAUUUUCUACUUGUAAGUUUUUGAGUAAAGCAUCUCAAAACACCGAUCGUCAAGAAAACAGUUCUCUCCUGCACGUAAAAGAAAAACAAUCCUCCAACUUGGUAACUUGUUUUCAUGAAAAAUGCAUACGCUGAUCGUUAAGUUGCUGCUUGGUGUUUUUGGGGCGAUUGCCGUUUUGCUAAACUGCGUACUUAUUGCAGUUUUUUCAAAGAACUCUUCACUACGACGAGGCUUUAACAUUUUUGUGUAUCAUUUAUGUAUCGCCAACCUGCUUGUCGGCAUAAACGAUCUGUUCCAGGUAGUGAUCUAUGAUCUGUAUGCCUUUGAUAAUGGAAAGGGAAAUUACCGAACUCUGUUUAAAGUUGGACUUGCUGCUCUAGUUGCCUCAUAUCUGAGCUCAUUGCUUAACGUCGUUGGCUUAACUGUAUCGAGGCUGCUUGUUAUUAUGUAUCCGCUACAAAUUGAUACUUACAUGAGAGACACAAGAUUCCGUAAAAUUCUGACUGCUAAUUGGCUAAUCGCACUGACAAUUAUGAUAAUCACUCUUGUGCUGGGUUUGCACACGAGAUACCUACCUGCAUUCUAUGGCUAUGUUAUAACUAUUUCUUUGACCUCUUCCUUUAUUGUUAUGUCCACAUCACAUGCUAUUAUGUUUAAACAAGUCAUACUGCAGAUAAAGAACAUUAAAGAGACGAAGUCUUCAUUCGAGUUUUCAUUCAAACAAAGUAGCAUUGGGCAACUCACAGCAACUGUUCCCGUAGGCCAUUCAUUUUCUGUCAAUGAAUACGCCACUGAGCCUGGUCUAAAUCAUAAUGGUGGUUACGAAGAAAGCAACACUAACAAAACUGUCCUUGAGGACAAAAUCGGGGAACAAUAUCAGCAAGAAGGAAGCGUUACAGUCUCAAAACAUAGUUCACAUGAACGAUUACAGAAACAGUAUGAACGAUUCAAGGAUACUGUUUUAAGUAACACCUCUGUGGUUAAUGACAAAGAAUGCUUGUCUGAGGGUAUCAAGAGAGAGGUAAAUGUUGAUCAGCCUGGUGGCAUUUUUACGAAUAUUGAGCCAAGUAAUUCUUCUGAUCUACAGGAAGAUUCCUCUCAUUUUGUGAAAGUUGGUCCCAAAACAGUUGUCUGUAAGAGGAUACCAGAUAGUAACUUGGCAGUUACAAGCGAUAUAGAAAAGAGCAACUUAGAAAAUAGAUUGGUUGGCACGUCAGACAGUGGAUGUAAAGAUCAGACAAAUUCUGGAAUGAGGAAUGAAAACAGUGAAUGUUAUAACAUCGUAACGGGGAAUAAUAAAGAAAGUCAAUUUGAAAAAAGUAUCAAGUCAUUAGAUAACAGUUAUCGUAGAUCAGCACAGAGUGUAUUGCUUGAUCAAAGGGAAAAGAAAGCAGAGCAACAACCACGUGAACACGUUUCUUCAAGACUAAAUGGUGCAUUCCUUUGCAAGAAACAUGAAUCAAAAACAGAUCAUGAAUCUGUCUUAAAUCGGCUAUCCACCAUAAAUCAAGAAUCGAAUUUCGUAUUGGAAGAAAAGCAAAAGCACGCUUCAAUUGAUCGAACUCGUAGUUCGAAGAGUAAGGAACACAAGCCAUCAAAGAAGAGGUAUCUUCUUUCAAGAGCAAGAAACCUCAAAGCAGAGCUACACGCUGUGUUCUAUUGCCUAGGGAUCUCACUAUCGUUUUUAUUGACUUGGUUUCUAGCUUCUCUGGGGGCCUUUGGCCUUCUUAUCAACAACAAAAAUCUAGCAUCCGCCAUACUGUCCGAUGCCGCAGAUAUUGCUAUUGCCUGCGGAUGUGUUUUGAGCACUAUUAUCCACGUGUCAUCCAACAGAGAUUUGCGCAGAUAUCUCAAAAAGGACGUCAACAGGACAUUGUCUUGCAUAGGUUUCAGAAGCAGUUUGUAGGAAAAUAUCCGAAAUUAAAGUCGAAUACCUUUCAAGCGGUUUAUUUUCUGUUUAUUUUUCUAUCGUUCCCAGCUUGUUAUAUAUCAGUCGCUGAUUGGUCCUUGUUAUGGACCAAUCAGCGACCAGUGACCAACAAAAUCAAGUUUUUUGCUUUUCUGUAUACAAAUUUAGAAUCACCUUAAUGUCAAGAAGACUUUGCUCGCCAAAUGCCUUUGUAUUUUUUCGUUUUGACGCAAUCUCAACCCCUCGUUUAAUUCUGACCAGAUCAAAUCACAUUUUUAACCCAAAUAUAGACGCUGAUUAUUUUACUGGAAGACAAAACAAUCCCAUAUUGCCAAGUCACGUCACAUAAAUCUGUAACAAAAUUUCUUGUCCACCAUUCUUGGUUAUUUAAAAGUGCUUAAAUUCAGUGACAGUCCACUAGAAAGCAACAGUUCACACAAUCCUUGAUUCUAUCUCUAAAAUGCUUUUCAAACUAAUUUUAAGUUGAUAGUGCUAUCUCUUUUUGCGCUAUCAAAUCACUCGAAACUGAUCCACAAACCUGCACACCUCCAAUAUUUCAUAAAGCCUGUCUCCAAUAGUGCAAGAAGUAUCACCUUUAACCUUUUCCACAUCUUGAUAGUCUUUGUUAUGGAAUUUUGACCCUAGUAUAAUAAAGUAUUUUGAUCUCUCGGUUAUGUUGCGAAAUGGACGCGUUAUUAAAAUUUAUUAUUCUGCUGACAGCGCUUGUGUAUGUAGCAACGUGUUAGAUUAGAUAAGGGUAGAGUUCGGAACCAAGGGUAGAGUUUGGAACCAAGGGUAGAGAACGGACGUGUGUAACAGCACGAGAGGAAUACGGUCUUAUCAGCAUUAGGAAAUACAGAACGAGGGCCUAGCCCUACAUGAGAAUAGGAAUUAUAUUCUAUCUUUAUACACAUUUGAUAUAGUCUUCAUGGGCUCCUAUAAAGGUUGAAAAGUGGGGGGGGGGGGCCAAGGAAAAAUUUAACACCCAUAACAAAAGAUUUUGAAAAAAACUCUAUUGUUUUGCAAAAAAGUGGCCAAGGCCGCCCCGGCCCCCCCCUUCCCUUCGUCGGAGGCCCUGGUCUUGUUCAAUCCAAAAACUCCUUUGAGCCUUGCGAUAGUACAUUACUAUCUUUCUUACUAUCUUUACCUCUCUGUCUGGGCACUAAUUUUCUUGCCAUAAGUACAUAUUGAAUUGCUUUGAUAAGCUCCAAAUCUAUGAUGUAUUUUAUUUUAAUUUUAUUUUCGGGAAUCAAAAAGAAUCCAUCUCUUUUCUUCCCUUUCUUCUCUUUUAUGACCAUUGGGUUCUUGAAUUCCGUUGCGGCUUGUCCGUAGAUCUUAUUUUGUUAA